AUGGCUUCGGAAGUCAGUGCGCGCAGUACGAAGACGGCGAAAUCCCAAUGUGCGCCCCCGGCCGGAAACUUCUUCUACACUUUUCUUGUUAAUAGCUUCUGCAUUCCCUCUAUCCGCAGGUAACCCAAAAGACUUUUCAGUUAUCUAUUUAAAAUACGUUUCUUCAGAUUCUUCUCGACGUUUUUGGCAAAAUCCUCUGAAAGACUACUGCUCCAGGUCCCGUCGGUCAAUUUCCAGUUUGAGUUUGGCAAUGUCGCAGAGGCGAACAACAACAAUGCUCCGUCAAAGAAGUGCUUCUCACCAUCCACAACCCGAUCCACUUCUGCUGGCUCAUGCUGCUCGACCCGAAGAUGGGACUCGGCGAGACGUACAUGGCCGACGACUGGUCUUGCUCCCCAAAUCCGACAGAGUUCCUCCGUCUUCUGAUUCGCAGCAAGAAACAGACGUCCGCCGCUAACAAAGCUCAAUACGGAGACAAGCCAAGAGGGAAGUCGAUCGGAUCGAAGCUCUCGCAGAUUACAGUUGAUCUCAUCCGAAAGGCUGCCAAGAUCGUCAACUACAUGCAGCAUUGGCUCCAGGAGAACACUCUCUCGCAGAGCACCAAGAACAUCCAGGCUCAUUACGAUCUCGGAAACGACAUGUUCAAGCUGUUCCUCGACAAGUCUAUGACCUACUCUUGCGCUCUUUUUGAUGGUAAUCGUUACAUUAUUUGACUUCACCCGCGUUCUUAUUCCAGAAGAGAAGCCAGUCGCUGAUGUUGAUUUCGUUGAGUUGGAGAAAGCGCAAUACAAGAAAAUCGAUCGUCUGAUCGAUCAGCUGGAACUGACGGCUGCGGACCACGUGCUGGAGAUCGGAUGUGGAUGGGGAGCCGCCGCUAUCCGUGCCGUUCAACGUUCCGGAUGCAAAUGGACCGGAAUCACCAUCUCAAGAGAGCAAUUGGAGUGGGCACAAAAGAAAGUGGUGGAGGCUGGUCUUGAAGGACGCAUUGAGCUCAAGUUCCAAGACUACAGGUAUACUGUAUUCACAAGACAUGGUUUCAGCAUCCAAUUUCAGACUGGUCAAGGAGAAGUACACUCGUGUGCUGUCUAUCGAAAUGAUCGAAGCUGUUGGAGAAAAGUACCUUCCUCAAUACUUCCAGAUCAUCAACGAUGUGCUCGCCGAUGGUGGAAUCGCUGCGUUGCAGGUUCGUCAAUCUUCCAAUGACAUUAAAAAAAUCAAGACGACGUUGCCAACCACGUUCUGAUGAUUGGAUCAAUUUCAGGCCAUCACUUGCCCUGAUGCCUACUAUGACCAGUAUCGCUCGUCGUCCGACUUCAUCAAGAAGUACAUCUUCCCAGGAGGUCACUUGCCUUCUCUCGGUGCGAUUUCGCAGUCCCUCCCACCCACUUUGAAGCAGACGGCCAUCUUCAGAAUGGGUCACCAUUAUUCGAUGACAUUGGAACAUUGGUUCUUGUGAGUCACAUCAAUUACAAACCACAAUCACAAUUUAUAUGGUUACAGUGCUUGGAUGAAGGCUCAGAAGGAGAUCGAGACAAAAUUCCAGCUGCCAUCGGACUUCCACCGUCGCUGGCAAUUCUACUUCUGUCUUUGUGCCGCUCUCUUUUCGUACGAUCACAUUGACGUCGUCCAAAUGACGUUCAAGAAGGACAAGAGCACCUAA